GUGGUGGCAGCAGCAGUCUGCUGCAGCCACGCACGCAAGCCACUCGCUCCUUGGAGCAGCUAGCAGCGAGUCGCUUGCUCGCAUCACUUGCCGCUGCCGCCGCCGCCGCCGGUCCCUCCACGUGUUGCCAUGCAGGCCUGCCGAGGUGAGUGCUCGCCGCAAGUUUCGUGGACCAAAUACUGCACUCAUGAAACCGAGAACAUCGUGCUCCCGGACAAGAACAGCGUCUGCACCUGGCAGCUGGGAAAGUCAGUCGCAGAAUCUCCACACCAACAUAUCACCAGAACACCAAAGCCCAAAGUCUACCCAGACAUCCUCCAUCAUGUUGGAGAAACACCAAUGGUUCGCAUCAACAGAAUUAACAAGGAGUAUGGCUUGGAAUGCGAAUUAUUGGCUAAAUGCGAGUUCUUCAACCCUGGGGGCAGCAUCAAGGAUCGCAUCGGGCUGCGAAUGGUGGAGGAGGCCGAGCGUGAUGGCAUCCUCAAACCAGGCUCGGUCAUCAUCGAGCCAACCUCGGGAAACACAGGUAUCGGUCUGGCGAUGGCGGCGGCCAUUCGGGGAUACCGCUGCAUCAUUGUGCUGCCGGAGAAGAUGAGCCGAGAGAAGGUGGACGUGCUCCGUGCGCUGGGCGCAGAGAUUGUGCGCACGCCCACCACUGCGCGCUACGAUUCGCCGGAGUCGCACAUCUCAGUCGCCUUCAGCCUCUGCCGCGAAAUCCCGGGCGCCGUCAUCCUCGAUCAGUACCGGAACCCCGGCAACCCCUUGGCGCACUACGACACGACGGCCGAGGAGAUCCUGGACCAGUGCGGCGGCCACGUGGACAUGGUGGUCAUGGGGGCCGGAACCGGCGGUACGGCCACCGGCGUCGCGAGAAAGCUCAAGGAGCGCCUGCCCAACGUUAAGAUUGUGGGCGUCGAUCCGCACGGCUCGGAGUUGGCCGUCGAUGCUGAACCCAACGAUCCUUCGGUGACGAUGUACGAGGUCGAAGGCAUCGGCUACGACUUCGUGCCAACAGUCCUCGACAGGAGCCUAAUUGACAAGUGGUACAAGUGCAACGACAAGGAUUCCUUCCUCAUGGCCCGAAAGCUGAUCCGACAUGAGGGUCUCCUGUGCGGUGGCAGCAGCGGGUCGGCGAUGAGCGUGGCCGUGGUGGUGGCCAAGUCCCUGAAGGCUGGUCAGAAGUGCGUGGUAAUCCUGCCCGACGGAGUGCGCAACUACAUGACCAAGUUCCUCUCGGAUGGCUGGAUGGCCGAACGCGGCUUCAUCUCGCUCUAUUCUGAAAUGAGCACCAAACACUGGUGGUGGAACCAGACGGUGCGUUCUCUGCGGUUGCGCAUACCGCUGACAGUGACGCCCAGCGUGAGCUGCCAGGAUGCCGUGGAGCUCAUGAGCGCCGAAGGCAUUGACCAGGUCCCCGUCGUCGAGGAAAGCGGAGCCGUGCUCGGAAUGGUCUCCCUAGGAAACUUAAUGUCUAAGAUACUGGCACGGCGCAUCGACGCCACGACCCCUGUAGCAAAGGCUGCCUAUGACCAGUUCAGAAAGGUAACCCUGGACACGACGCUGGGCAUGCUGUCCACGAUGCUGGAACAUGGCCAUUUCGCCCUGGUCGUCGCGGAGCAAGUGCAAGAAAGCAAGCAAACAAGUGAUUCUUCACGGUUGUCGUCUCAGCGCCGUUUAACUCCUCCGUGGUUGCCACGGCCAAUGGCUACAGGUGCAUCCACGACGAAGGAGGUUGUCAUUGGCAUUGUGACCAACAUCGAUCUUCUGCGGUUCAUCACCAAAGGAUCCAAACCAAAGUCUGACAACAACGUCAACGGUGACAACAGGAUGGCGGAGUAAAGGAGUCUCUUCGAAUAAAGUUAGCGUUCCCCUGCCUU